AUGAUUGUGAAAGAUGUCAUCAACGAUCACACCUUUGAUGGGAUAAAAAUGAUGGAAAUCGGUGUAACAUUUGGCCUGGAGGUCGCGGAACCUGAGUUUGACCAGCUGCUGGACAGGCUGCCCCUGGACAAGGACGGAAAUGUCCAGUACCCAGUCUUCAUGGCCGCUUUCGACACAAGGAGAGGAGUUCCCAGCCUUUUCGAGGCAAGUCCUGCGGGGAAUUUGGGGCGUACAAACGAAGAACAGGAGGGGCUAAACGUGCAACUCGAGAAUGAGGAGAGUGGGACUCUGGGACGGGGACGGAGUGUGGCACAGCUGUUCCAGAUCAUCAAGGCCCUGGUGAAGAACCACUACCAGGCAGCAGAGCGAGUCUUUGAGAAGCUGGAUGAGAAGAACACCAAACGUCUCAGUCAAGAGACCUUCUACCAGCUUCUAAAGAGAUUUGACAUCCACCCCGAAGUGAGCCGGGGGGAGAUCCGACAUCUUUGGGUCACUUUGAUUACCAACCAGGACAGGACGCUGGAUUUCUUGCAGCUUGCGCGCCACUUUGGCUACUCUCCCAAGUCCUCGUGCUUUCCCAACGCCAAGCGCAGCCCCCCGAAGAAAGGGGAUGAGAAUCUCCGGCAGUGCUCCAGAAAGCUCCACUGUGUGUCUGACAUACUUGCAGAUGGAGUGCGUGCCAAGGUGGAGCUGUCAUUGGAUGAGUUGCGGGCGGAGUUUGAGGAGUUGGAUCCUUAUAGGACGGGGUUUGUGAGCCAGGAGGAGUUCCAGGAAGUGCUGAAAGGUCUGUGUGUGCACCUCGAUGACUAUGAGUGGGAGAUGCUGGCUCGAAAGUUUGACAUCAACAGGGAUGGAAGGGUUUCCUUCGUUGAGUUCCUGAGGCCCUUUGGGAGACGGAAACAGCCGUGGAGGCAUGGAUCCAACUUGGCCGGCAUACUGCAGUUCCAUAACGAAACAGAGGAUCUGUCUGCAGAGAAAGGCUCUUCCUUGUGUGACCAAGUACCACUGAGCUCAAGACUAAGGAAAAAGCUUCAGCGGCAAGGCAAGAUUCUGCGUCGGGCCUUCCACAGGCUGGACAGCUCCGACAGUGGCUACCUCUCCCCAGGCGAGUUCCGAGCGGCUCUGCGGCUGUGUGACGUACCCUUGGACCCGAAGGAGUACUACCAUGUCUUGGCCGGGCUGGACCGAGACCUGGCAGGCCGGGUGGCCUAUCGCCGGCUGAUCCAGGACAUACGCAAGAGAAGAACCUCUGGGACUAGAGUAAAGUAAAGAGUCAUCAUCAAAUUGUUUUUUUCUGGUUGAUGUGACGUCAGAUUAUACAACAAAUUUAAGAUGUAUUUUCCUGGUCACUAAAAAGAUGUCUAAAUUAACAUCCUUUUACAAUCGCAUCCUUUUACAAUCGCCUUGAUGUUACAAAAUAUGCCAGCUUGUCAUUGCAACCAGAUUUGCCUGCUGGGCAAAUCAGCAGGGGCAAUUUGCUUUGCAUUAGGUUGUCAAAAUGACAUACAAACAACAUUUAGACAUCAAAUCAAAUGUAUUGGUCACAUACACAUGUUGAGCAGAUGUUAUUGCGGGUGUGGCGAAAUGCUGUACAUGACUGUAUUUAUUUAAGUGUCACUCCACAAUAAUACAACUCAGCUAUCACAUAACGUUUUGAGAAACACGUUUCUUAGAGCUUGGUGAAAGUGUGGUUGUCCUCUGGUUGUUUUGCAUUCCCAUUCUGGGAAUGGUGCAGGAUACCCAACUAGCACAUAACAUUCUGAGAAUUAUGUUAUAAAUUAAGAAACUAACUAAUGUUCUUCUGUGAGAAUGCCAGUACUUCAGCAUAACGUUUUCUAUAGGUUUCCUCAUUGUUCUAUUUAAAAUAAUAUUCUCAGGAUGUUCUGAGAACUUUUUUUUUAAACAUUCUUCUGUGGUAAUUUCAUUACUUCAGCGUAACAUUUUCUGCAAGUUUCUUCAUGGUUCUAUAUAAUGUCAUGUUCUCAGAACAUUCAGAGAAAGUAAAGAAACAAUGUAGUUGCUAGGAGUUUCUGGCAGUGGUCUGAGUGGAAGGGGAAAACGGAAAACUAGCUGUUAUUGACAGAGAGGUUUGGAACUCUCGCUCUUAGUAGUUAAUCAAUUAACUAAUUUACCAAUCUUUUCAAACACGUCUCAUACUAAAAGGGCAUUGUCAUAAUUUUCAUGAUUUCCCAAUGUUAUUCCACCGUGUGAAAAUAUAUAC